AUGUCUUUACUUGAUCAAAAUUGGAGUGCUGGUGGUAAUGCUGAUGAUGAAGCACAAGAUGAUAAUCAACAAGGACGACAAAUUACAACAUCUCGUGAUGGUACUUUAAUGUUAAUUGAAUGUGCACCACACAUGUUUGAACGAUUAGCUAAUCAAAUGAAACAAGAUUCAUCGAUUGAUGAUGAUGAUGAAGAUGCACAAUUAACAACAGGUUUUCAAUUAGUUAUGCGUGCUUGUCAACGUUUUUAUCAAUCAAAAAUAAUUUCAAAUGAUAAAGAUCUUAGUGGAAUUAUUCUUUAUGGAACAGAAAAUAGUCUUAAUGCAUUUGAUUUUAAACAUAUUUAUAUACUUCAUGAAUUAGCACAACCAUCAGCUGAACGUAUUAUACAAUUAGAAACAUUAUCAGAUAAAGAUGCAUAUAAAACAAAAUAUGAUGAAUUAUUUGGUUCAACACAAGCAACUGGUUAUUCAUUAAAUGAAGCUUUAUGGACAUGUUCAAAUUUAUUUUCAAAUUCACCACAACGUUUAACUGUAAAACGUAUAUUUAUAUUUACAUGUAAUGAUCAACCACAUGCAUCAAAUUUAACAUUAGAACGACAAGCUAAACAACGUGCUAAAGAUUUAAAUGAUGUUGGUAUUCAAUUAGACGUAUUUCCAAUAUUAACAGAAACAAUAAUAAAAUUUGAUUUUAAAAAAUUUUUUCAAGAUGUUCUUAUGUUAAGUGAUGAAGAUCUUGAUAUUAGAAAUAAUCAAGAACCAACAGGACGAUUAAAUGAAUUAUUAAAACUUGUUUAUUCAAAAGAACAUAAAAAACGUGCUUAUUGUACGGUUCCAUUUUCAUUAGGCAAAGCAGCUGAUGGUACACCAUUGGGAUUUUCUGUUUCAGUUUAUAAUAUGGUUCGUCCAUGUCCAAAACCAACAAAGAUUAAAUUAGAUAUGAAAACAAAUUUGGAAACAAAAAUUGUUACAAAACAUUAUCUUCCUGAAACAGCUGAAAUUCUCAUGCCGUCAGAUAUUCAAUAUGGUUUAGAUGUAUCAAAUCGUCGUAUAUUAUUUGAUUCAGAUGAAAUAAAAGCAAUAAAAAAAUUCGGUGAUCCAGGUUUUGAAUUACUUGGUUUUAAAAGUCUUUCAUGUUUAUCACCACAUCAUUAUGUAAAACCAGGUCAUUUCAUUUAUCCCGAUGAAAAAUAUGUUGAAGGAAGUUCAUGUUUAUUUAAUGCUCUAUUAAAAAAAUGUUUAGAAAAAAAAAUGUUUAUUCUAUGUCAAUUUUCAGCUAGACGAAAUACACCACCACGUCUUGUUGCACUUAUACCACAGGGUGAAGAAAUGAAUAAAAGAGUUAAAAAUGAUCGUUUAGCAUCGAACGGUUUUCAUGUUCAUUAUUUACCAUAUGCUGAUGAUAUACGUACAUUACCUAAAAAUGAUACAACACGUGCAGCAAAUGAUGAAGUUGAUUUAUUUAAAAAUGUUGUACGUGGUUUAAAAUUUAAAUAUCGUGCAGAUAAAUUUGAAAAUCCAGCAUUACAAACAUUAUGGAGAAAUAUUGAAGCAACAGCUUUAAAUAAAGGUGAACCCGAUGAAUUUAUUGAUUUAACAAUUCCAAGUGUAGAAAAUCAAAAUCGAAAAGUUGCAGGAUAUAUUGAUGAACUUAAACAAAUGAUUUUUCCACCUGGUUAUGUUAUGGGUGCAACAAAAAAAUCAGCAGCAAAACGAAAGUGUGAAACAAAUGGUUCACCUGGCAGUGCAAAAAAAUCAAAAGAUGAUGAAAAUAUUGAUGUUGAAGCUGCAGCAAAGAGUCAUCUGUUAAGUAAAUUAACUAUACCUAUAUUGAAAGAUUAUUGUAGAGAUAAAAAAUUAAAAGCAUCAGGUACUAAAAAACAAGAUUUUAUUGAUGACGGUCGAGAUUUGAUCCUUUGUCGAUCACUUUCAUCUGCUGUUAAUCACCGUGACAUUGGAGGUUUUAUCUAUUCAUAUAAGUAUUUAACUAUGUCGAAUAGUAGUACUAAAACAGCAAUUGAAUCAGCACUAAUUGCAGACCAAGGUCCAUGGGCAUCUGUUGGUGAACAUCCAAAUGCAAUAACGAAUCGUUUUUAUACAUAUGAACGUGUUGAAGAAAUUGUUGCAUUUAUUCAAAAUAUUGUUCCAACUAAACCUGAAAUAGCUAUUAUAUGUGGUUCUGGUCUUGGCGGUUUAGCUGAACUAGUUGUCAACAAAAUUGUUAUUCCUUAUGCUGACAUUCCACAUUUUCCGAAAUCAACAGUUGUUGGUCAUCGUAGCAAUCUUGUAUUUGGAGCAUUGAAUGGAGUUUAUGUUGUUUGCAUGCAAGGUCGAUUUCAUCCUUAUGAAGGAUAUACUACUGCCACAUGUGCUUUUCCAGUACGAGUGAUGCGCAUGCUUGGAGCACAUACAUUAAUUGUUACUUGUGCUGCUGGUGGUAUUAAUAAAGAUUAUAGUGUUGGUGAUAUAAUGUUAAUUAAAGAUCAUUUAAAUUUUCCUAGUAUGGCUGGUAAUAAUCCACUUAUUGGUCAUAAUGAUGAACGAUUUGGACCACGUUUUCCACCUGUUGGUCAUGCAUAUGAUCGUCAAUAUUCAUCUCAAAUGAAACAAGUUGCUAAAAAGCAUAAUCUUCAAUUACGUGAAGGAAUUUAUUGUGCAUUAGGUGGACCUUGUUAUGAAACAAUAGCAGAAAUCAACAUGCUUAGAUUACUUGGUUGUGAUGCUGUUGGUAUGUCAGUAGUGCAUGAAGUCACGUUAGGAGCUCAUUGUGGUUUCCGUAUGCUUGGUCUUGCCUUAAUAACAAAUAAAUGUUUAUCAGAAUAUGAUUCAACAGUUGAAGCACUUCAUGAAGAUGUUAUUCGUAUAAGUGAAUUAAAAGCCAAUGAAUUACAACAACUUAUAUUGGAUUUUGUUGGUCUUCUUAAACAAAAUAAAAAAUAA